GCCGAGUAGUUGAGUAAUGAGAUCUGUGAAUGUGGCACAAUCAUAGGAACAUGAGCAUUCAAACAGCUUAACUUCAAUUACUUGGCAGAGAAGGCAAAUGGUAGUGGCUGUUUGGUAAAUACAGUGCUUUCCUUUCCAAUAGAUCUACUACAAAAAUGUCUGACAUUUAUUUUAUAGAAGACAAAUAGCUAAAUGAAAAACAGUGUGAGAGAGUUCUUGUUAGAAAACAUGUCUUACAAACAUGUCAUAUUGUUGUGCAUGUAUGUGUUGGUCUCAGCACACACUGUGAUGCUGGCGCCGCACCCUGCUAACAACCACAUGUCCGUGUCAGUGCCUCUGAUGAGCUAAUCUAGUGGUCAGCGUGGUGACGAGCGCCCCGGCUGAGAGAUGGCCUUCUUCAAGAGCUUCCAGCAGACCCUCCCAUCUGUCAACAUUUCCUCCAUCCUGGACUCGGUCACCAGCCGCGUGGACGACUUGGCCAACGCCGUCAGCGAUGUCACUUACGCUGUCAGCGACCAGCUGACUGAGCAGGUCACCACUAUCAUCAACAAGGUGCAAGAGGAGGAAGAUGGGGAAAACAACAGCAGCGGGCAGGGGUCUGGUCAGGCUGCCACAGCACAGGAAGGAAAGGCCAGCAGCAUGUGGCAAAUGUCCAGAGACUCUGAAACAGGUAACACGGUUUCCAAAAACAACCAAACCGGUGAUUCAGCAGAGGCAGAGUGCACUCAGAGCCAGCUGGAGUGGGAAUGGAGGGACGGGUGCUGGCGAGUUAAAAAGACAGAAGCUGAGUUAGCAGAGGAAGAGAAGAGGAAGAAAGAGGAGCAGGAACUUCAGGAAAAGAGAGAGCAGAGGAGAAAAGAAAGGAGGGAGAAGCAGCUGGAGAAAGAAGCCAAAUCUCAGAGAAAGAAAGAGGAAUCCCAAGAGGGAGAGCGAGAGGAGGAAGCUGAUGAGAAGAGAGACGACAGCAGAGGACAAGCCAGAAAGGCGAGCGACAGUGGAGACCAAUCAGCUGCGCAGCAGAGAAGCGAUGACUGUGAUGAAGCUCCUCAUUCACCUGGCCCCGACACUGAAAGCAGGAUAUCAAAACAGAAGAAGAAAAAAGAAGAGGGAGAAGAGGAGGAAGAGAAGGAGAACAGCGCGGAGAGAGAGGGAGACGACGAGGAAGAGGCUGAGCUUUCCAGAAAGUCUUCAACAGUGAAAAAGAAAAAGUCAGACAAGAAGAAGACAAAAGGCGCAAAAGAGGAUUCAAAGAAAUCAGAAAAAGCCUCAGAUGUGGCCAAAAAGAAGGAGAAAGGCAAGAAGAGCAAGAAGAAAAAGAAAGGCAACCAAGAGGGAGUUUUAUCAGACAGCGAGGAGGACAGAGGCCCUGAGGCCGUGGCCCAGCAGGACACAACCUCUGUGUGGAGCAGCAAACGCAAAGGGUCCACUGAGCAGGGAGGAUACAGCAGUGAGGCCUCCAGUGAACAAGCCAACAGCAUCCAGAGGAUAAAGAAAGAUUCCUCUCUCACUGAGCUUCAGCCUCCUCCGUACCAGGACAAGGGCCCGGCGGCCUGCGUGUCCUCUCGUUCCCGCUCAGAGCGAGGGGUUCGGAGGGGGUCGUCCCCGCAACGCUGCGACAGCCCCCGCUGCUCCAGUGAGGCCAGCGUGGACCAGGACACUGAGAGCUACCUCAACAAAGGCUGUGAGGAGGACAUACCUAGUGACAGCACCGCUGUUCUGGGACCAGAGGAUGGCUCUGGGCCUCAGCUCCCCACGGCCUACGAGCCAGAGCCCCUCGCCAAAUACGGCACGCUGGACGUCGCCUUCGAGUACGACUCCAGCGAGCAGUGGUUGGCCGUCACGGUCACCGCGGCGACAGACAUCCCUGCCCUCAAACAGACAGGAAACAUCUCGUGGCAGGUCCACCUGGUCCUGCUGCCAACCAAGAAGCAGCGGGCCAAGACUGGGGUACAGAAGGGCCCGUGUCCUGUCUUCACGGAAACAUUCAAGUUUUCCAGAGUGGAACAGGAGGCUCUGGGGGAUUACGCUGUUCGCUUCCGCCUGUACAGCAUCAGGCGGAUGAAAAAAGAGAAGGUCCUGGGAGAGAAGGUGUUCUACCUGACUAAGCUGAACCUGCAGGGCAAGAUCGCUCUACCUGUCACCCUGGAGCCCGGCUCUGAACUUACAGGCUGUGGCUCUCUGGUGAGCGUGUCUCGCAGCGCAGGAGCUCUGUCCUACCGCUCCACCGAGGACUCGUCCUUGCCGGAGAUCCUGCUGGGUCUCAUCUACAACUCUGCCACAGGGCGGCUGUCUGCUGAGGUCAUCCAGGGAAGCCACUUCAAAACCACAGCGUCCGAUAAGCCCGUCAAUGGUCUGUUUUGUUGUAUAAAACACUUUGUAGGGGGACAGCUUUAUAUCAUGAGAGACACCUAUGUGAAGCUCACCAUGCUGGACUCCAAGGGGAAGGAGAUGUCCAAGUGUAAGACGGCCGUGUGCCGCGGCCAGCCCAACCCCACCUACAAGGAGACGUUCGUGUUCCAGGUGGCGCUCUUCCAGCUGUCCGAGGUGUCCCUGGUGGUGUCGGUGUUCUGCCGCCGGAGCAGCAUGAGGCCCAGGGAGAGGCUGGGCUGGGUCUCCCUGGGCCUCAACAGCACCGGCGAGGACCAGCAGGCCCACUGGACAGAGAUGAAAGAGGCGGAGGGACAGCAGGUCUGCCACUGGCACACACUCUCCGACACAUAGAAGGAAGACUCAGAAAGACUGAAUUUAUAUUAACAGCAUUCCCUGGGCGUUCAGAGUUUUUGGCACGGGGAGGAAGCACCU